GGUCUACCCCUGACAGGUCCAUUCAGCGGUUUAGACUGCGCGAGAGGGCCCUUCCGCCUUCUGCCAUGCAGGCGCCGCGGGUGCGCGACCCGGGUGUGCCUGAGUCCUUGAAGGCCUGCGCCACCCAGCAUAGCGCCGGGCUCCUGCCGCGGACCCGACCCUUGGUGAAACCCAAGCCGCCCCCCGAGGGUGUUCUGCGGAUUACCGUGGUGACUCCUCGCAAGGGAAAGUAUCAGCUGGAGCUGCCGGAGGAAGCCACGGCAGAGGAGGUGCGGCAGCGCCUGCUGGAAGCCAAGACGUUUGCCGAACCGUACCACGAUCCCAUGCUCCCGAAAUCCCGGGACGACGUGGAGAUGCGGAUCGUGUACAAAGGCAUCCCCAUGAAGGGCAGCGAGUCAUUGCGGAGCCGCUCCGUCCGCAGCGGGGCGGCGCUUCUGGCCCUGCCGGGCCUGCGGGAGCCCCGCAUCGGGCUCCACAACGCGGCGCCGCGGGGGCUUCUGAUGACCUCCGCCAGGGCGUGGACGCCCUCGGCGGCGCGGCAGCCACGAGAGGCGCUCUUCAUCACUCCGGAGGUUGGCAGCUACCGCGCCAAUCUCCAGUGCCCCAUUCUGAACCCCCAUCCGCCGCUGCCUAUGCCAAGCUGAGCAUUUCGCGGCUGGAAACGGGUUAGCUUAUGGGGUGGCACACUUUUCUCC